GGACUACCCUGCGACUUUGAAUGCAAUUGUGGAUGAGCACCACAUCCACAUGCUUGUUGUCUUCGGCCUUGGAUUUUGCUGAUCCUCCUGAUUUCUGCUGUUCCUUCUCUCUUGUUUUUCACCUUGAACAAUUUGUUGUGAGUAUCAACAGCCACACUGCUGUUGGCUGCUGCUUCCCUACAGCCUCCAAAUCUUUUUACUGCUCAAGUCUGGUGUCCCCAAACAAUCAUACUGGUCAAAGGGGUUGUCGUUCUGUGGAUCUUGUCAAUAUUUUGCAGCAUCUGGCCAUUUCAGGACUCAUUUUCUUUGAUUCCUGGAUAGGUAAGAAGGUAGGUUUCAGUUCCCUCUCUGUUUCCCUUCAUCCUUGUUGAAUCAAAGGUGGUACCAACCACAAAGAUCAAGCUUUCUUCUUCUAUUUGACAAGAUCUUACUGGUUUUUGGUCUUUUGUAAGAUCUGCUUCAGCUCUGUGCCAUUUUAUCAGAAUAAAUUGAGUCGUGGAAUUAGGACUUUUUUGAAUUAAGAUCAAGCAUUGACAAACAUAGGAGAAAGCAUAACUCUUAAGGAGUGACAAGGAAUGAAUACAACUAAGAUCAAACGGAGAGUCGGUAAAUAUGAGCUGGGACGCACGAUCGGGGAAGGAACAUUUGCCAAGGUCAAGUUUGCAAGGAAUAUCGAAACUGGAGAACCCGUUGCCAUCAAGAUUCUUGACAAGGAGAAAGUUCUCAAACACAAAUUAGUCGAACAGAUCAAGCGAGAAGUAGCUACUAUGAAGUUAAUAAAGCAUCCUAAUGUUGUUCGCAUCUAUGAGGUGAUGGGAAGCAAAUCGAAGAUUUUCAUUAUACUAGAAUUUGCUACAGGGGGAGAGCUUUUCGACAAAAUAGUAAACCAUGGUCGUAUGAGGGAAGACGAAGCACGAAGAUAUUUCCAACAACUUAUCAAUGCGGUUGAUUACUGCCAUAGCAGGGGAGUUUACCAUCGCGAUCUGAAACCAGAAAACUUACUACUCGAUGCUUACGGUAACCUGAAAGUUUCAGACUUCGGAUUAAGUGCAUUAUCACAGCAAGUCAGGGAUGAUGGCUUACUUCAUACCACUUGUGGCACUCCAAAUUAUGUUGCUCCAGAGGUUCUCAAUGAUAGAGGCUAUGACGGAGCAACUGCAGAUUUAUGGUCUUGUGGAGUCAUCCUAUUUGUGCUGCUUGCAGGUUACUUGCCCUUUGAGGAUUCUAAUAUUAUCACCUUGUACAAGAAAAUUUCAUCUGCUGAAUACACAUGUCCAUCUUGGCUUUCCUUUGGCGCUAUGAGAUUGUUGGCGAAAAUCUUAGACCCGAAUCCAUUGACGCGAGUAACUAUUUCGGAGAUAUUGGAGGAUGAAUGGUUCAAGAAAGGCUACAAGCCUCCGGUUUUUGAGGAGAAUUACUCUGGAAAUUCAGAUGAUGUUGAUGCUGUUUUCAAGGAUUCGGAAGAGCAUCAUGUGACAGAGAAGAAAGAGGAGCAACCAACAUCUAUGAAUGCAUUUGAACUGAUCUCAAUGUCAAAAGGGCUAGAUCUCGGCAAUUUGUUCGACCCAGAGCAGGAAUUUAAAAGAGAAACAAGAUUCACAUCAACAAGCCCAGCCAAAGAGAUUAUAGAUAAGAUCGAAGAGGCCGCAAAGCCACUUGGAUUCGAUGUUCAGAAGAAGAACUACAAGAUGAGGCUAGAAAAUAUAAAAGCUGGAAGGAAGGGAAAUCUCAAAGUUGCAACUGAGGUAUUCCAAGUCGCUCCAUCUCUGCAUAUGGUCGAGGUACGAAAAGCUAAAGGAGACACUCUAGAAUUCCACAAGUUUUACAAGAACCUGUCCAGCAGCCUCAAGGAUGUUGUUUGGAUAUCUGAGGAUGGGCAAGAACAAGCUUAAGUAGGAACACCUAUUGUGCUACAUAUAGAAGUGUGUGUGCAAUUUCUUGAUUGUUUUCGCCUAUUUUGGAGCAGAACAACAUGAACUGGACCUGAUCAUCAUGUUCUCCUUUGUGAUUCUUUCAUUAAGUUUCCUGUUUCUCCCUACUAAAAUGAUUCCUCCUUGCAUAUUUUUAGUGGAAGGCAAGGAAUCAUGUAAUGCUGCAACUGUAGUAUAUAUAUAUAUAUUCUUGGAGCUGUAUUAAUUAAGCAAAAGCAUAAUGCUCUUUUCUGCAGAA